GAGGCGAGGUAUCGGUUGUCUGCCAGUCAGCCUUUCCCCGCAGUUGACGGCGGCACUCUUGCCUUCGCAAGCAAGCCCUAUUUACGCGGCAUCCCCCCGCCUGUUUCUCUCUCUCUCUCUCUCUCUCAGAACACUUUACACGACUGAUGCCUAUCAAGACUUCCGCCCACGCAAAUGUCCUCUUCCAUUCAUUAGCAUACCUUGUCGUCAGCUAAGCGGGCGACGACGAAGUCAAGAGGAGCAUUGCUUCCGACCUGUCCCAAAGACUACCCGCUAUGGAGCGUCUUUCUUUCCACAGGCAGCAACAGCACAGGGACCAAGAGCUCCGACAUGUCUUCAAGGUCAUGGCCUGCGGCUGCAUGAUUGGCACUGGCAUCCUGUUCCCUUUGGCGAAUGUCGAAGGGUUCCAGUUUCGAGCCUUAACGCUGUCAAUAUUUAUAAUAAGCGCCUUGGGCUUCCAUGCCCUGUACCUUCAGCCCUUCAUCAGAUUUGGCCCUUUUACCGCCGCCGCCGCUCUCUUCUUCCUACUCGUCGCCGUCGUGGGGGCCGGAUCCUCCAGGACCGACCUUAUUCCCUGGCUACCGCUCUUCAUCGCCUCACUAAGCUUGAUCACGGUUGCCAUAUACGAAAUCUCACAGCAUGUCGGGCCAGCGCCCCUUUCCUUUACGGCUGGGGAACCGCUUUCAGGAAUUUCGAUCGAUACAUUGAGUGAACGAUCCAGCCGAACCAUGUCUACUCAGCGUGGUGUCCAGACUUCGCUCGAGUCCAACCGAAACGAUUCCCUCCUCUUCGCCCACCAUGGGCCCCCGUCAAGGACCUCACAUCGGACGGCCACUGAUAUCACCGACAUCACACUAUCCAUUGUCGAAGGAUAUUGCCGACCGGAAUGGGAUCCCCAGACACGGAGUUACUUUUUGGGAAAUGCUCUGCCAGAGCGGGAACCCCUAGGGAAAUCAUGUCAAAGGAGUCCAAGCCCAGGAAGACAAGAGAACCGUGAUCUGGACAUGGAUUUGGACUCGGACCCUGGAUCCCUGGAGUCAAGCCAUCCUUUGCUCGGGCCUCAAGGAGGCCGGAUGCCUUGAAAUACUGCCAUGGUGUAUCCUCGCGGAUUAAGACGCUCCUUCAUUCAACAUGGGGAUGUUACGUCGACAUGCCAACCGUUCAUCUCAUCUGCGUCUUUUUCUGUGAUGGCCACGAACCCCAAGACGUGGAUCAACAACAUAGGUGCUGCUAGCUCCACGCGGAUUU